AUGACCGGCUCGGAAAAGGCAGGAGCUGUCGGAGGCGGCAAGCACCUGGAGAAGCUCUUCGGUGCCUCGGCGAGGAGGACGAGGACAAAGCGGGCGGCCCACAGGAGACAGAAGAAGACAGCCUCUCAUGCCGUGACGGAGCUGGAAAACACCAAGGAUUGCAGCCAGGCCGGGAAGCCUCUCUUCUGCCCUUCCCAUCCCACAGAGGAGCUAAGGCUGUUCUGCGAGCAGUGUGACCAGCCUGUGUGCCGGGAUUGCGUUGUAGACAGGCACCGGCAACACCCCUAUGACUUCACCGGCAAUGUCAUCCACAGGCAUGGGGAUGCCCUGCGGGAGCUGCUGAAAAGCACCCAACAGCACAUGGGUACCCUAGAGGAUGUCCUGGGCCAGAUUGAUGACAUGGGCAGUGCUGUCCGCAGUCGCGCAGAAGCCGUGGCCACAGAGAUCUGUCUGUUUGCCAGUGGGUAUGUGAAAGCAAUUGAAGCACACCGGGACCGGCUGCUGAAGCAGCUGGAGGACUUGAAGGUGCAGAAGGAAAACCUGCUGCACUUGCAGAAGGCCCAGCUGCAGCAGCUGCUGCUGGACAUGAGGACAGGCGUGGGGUUCACGGAGCGCUUGCUGACGAGUGGCUCGGACCUGGAGAUCCUCAUCACCAAAGGGGUGGUGGCGAGCCGGCUGGCAAAGCUGAACAGCGUUGCUUACAACACUCACCCCAGCGUGGAUGAUGGGAUCCAGUUCUCUCCCCAGGAGAGGGCAGGGCAGUGUUGCGGCUAUGAAGUUUUUGGGGCCAUUCUCAAUAAAGUGGUUGAUCCAGCCAGAUGUACCCUGCACGGGGAAGAUCUCCAGAGUGCCCGUCAGAACCAGCUGACUGGCUUUACCCUGCUCUGCAAUGACACCACGGGGGAGCGGAUGGGGCGUGGAGGAGAGGCCGUGCGGGUCACCAUCACCCACAAGGACAAGAGGGACUGUGCAGUCAAGCCAACAGUGUGUGAUAAUGGUGAUGGGACCUACCAUAUUUCCUACACCCCUGAGGAGCCAGGCUUGUAUGCUGUCUGCAUCUAUGUGAAAGGGCAGCAUGUACAGGGCUCUCCAUUCACCCUGAUGGUGAAAAACAAGUUCCGCGAGCACCAAGGCGUGUUUCACUGCUGCACGUUCUGCUCAAGUGGAGGGCAGAAAGCUGCUCGCUGUGCCUGUGGGGGGACCAUGCCAGGUGGGUACCAAGGCUGUGGCCAUGGACACAAAGGUCACCCUGGCUGCCCCCACUGGUCAUGCUGUGGACAAGUGAAGGAGAGCUCGGAGUGUUUGGGUGGGCCACCUAGCGACACCUCGCAGAGGAGUUUGCUCAGGACAGUGGCGCUCUGAGCAGCCAGGUGAGCCCCUGCGAGCCCAGGGCACUGCUACUAGCUGCUGCAUGAGCACAAACCACGAGGAUCUCCACGAUCACUAUGUAGCCUCGCUGCCGGAAAACAACAUCGUGAUGGGUGCAAACUGAGAAAGAGGAAUGAGGGAAAAUAAAAUUGUGCCUUAUAUUCCA